AUGAUUGGAUUUGUAGUUGGGUUUGUAAUAGGACUCUUAUCUUUUCCAAUGAUUUACUGUCUGUCUCCUCGAGCUGUUGUUGAAGUUAAUAGGAAAAAGAUGCUAAGAAUAAGUAAUAAGAGCAAAGGAAUUGAAAUUAGUGAUGAACAGAUGAGGACUGUGAUUAGGAGCAUGCACCGAUGUAGAGAUACUCAUUGGGUCAAUGCCGUUCUUCAGAGGCUUUACUUUGAGAUUUCCCGAUCAUAUGCAAUUGAGGCCAGGAUCAAAUCGAUGAUACUGAAGAGGUUUGAAGUGUCUGGAAUAAGUAAAUACUUCAAAAGUAUUGAUGUUGUUGAUGUGGUCUUGGGCAAGGAAGCGCCAUAUGUAGAAAGCAUCCAGGUUGUGUCUGACGACGACAUAUGCAGGGCCAUAUCUGAAAAAGACCAAAAAUGUGCUGAAGGUGAAGAAGAAAAACUAUUGGACCUUGAAGAUGAAAUCAGAAAAAGACUGGGGCUUGAACACGGAAUACUUAGAGAGGUGUGUGGCCAAAGCGAUUCAGACGAAGACGGCAGACAUGAAGAAGCCGAAAGCAUUAAGACUGAGGUAAGAAACACAAAUGAAGGCGAGAGAUGUGUUCCGGAAAUGUCUGUGAAUUCGACCGAGUUCCCUUUUACCUUGCAGGACAGAGAAGUAAGUAGAAUAAUGUUUUCACAGAAGAUUUUUGAGAGGCUACAAGUCCUUUUAGGAGUCAAUUAUGGUGGAGGAGCGCAGAUUUCCCUGAGCCUGGAACUUCCCAAGGGAAUGGUUCUCAGGACUACCGUAUUCAUUAAUGGAAUGAAGGGAGAUGUUCUUGUUAGAAUCCCGUCGAAAGACUACGAUACAAGGUAUGAGUACUGUUUUCUAUCGAAACCUGACCUUGCUAUAUCUGUAGAGUCAGGGAUAUCUGGCGAGAUAGGAAAGCUUUACUUUAGGAAGUCGAUCUCGAACUUCAUAGAGAGAUACAUAAGGCACCUAGUAUCAAGAACUAUGGUCUAUCCAGCAUGGAGCGGGCAGUAUCUUCCAUUUGUUGUUCCCUCAAUCAAGGAUGUGGCACACAAGAUCGAGAGAGUAACAUUAGAAAAUCAUAGAAUACAACUCCCACAAAUAAUAGAGAGCAUUCUUCUUUACUCUUCGAUGGACUACAAGAUUGUGGAUGUGGAUGGAGAGAUAGUUCACAGAAAGGCCGGGAAUUUUAUCAAUGGAAGAGAGAGGAUACUCUGCACGCACUUUCCUAUUCCCAAGACAUCGCUUAAGACUGCACAUUUUGUAGGAAAAAAUAGGCUUUUCAAGGGAUUAACUCUGCAAGAAAGCAAGGUUAUGAGCCAGCUGUACAACUGGACGGCCUUUUCGGAUGUGAUUUCGAGAUUUCAAGAGCUAAGGGUGAAGACCAUUCUUACGCCGAACUCGUCUUUGGUUGAGCUUGAGUUCGAGAAUACAAAGUAUGAAUUUGUAAGAGUGGUUGUGAAGAAUGGGCUGAUUUUCCAGAGGAAUGACCCGAAGAGCCCGGAAUUUAUUGUGUUUAAAAUAAUUGGAGAGAUUCUGUACAUCUACCAAUAUGUAGAGACGAAGGAUUUUGCAAUGAGCAGAAGAAGGAUAUGGAAGCUGAUGCGGAAGUUUGAUUCCAAGCCAUUUACGGCUCUUGGAUCUACAUCUCUAUACAGGUUAAUCCGAUUUUCGAAAAAAAUGAUGUUCAGCUACCUUAAAAAGCCAUUGUAUCAAGUUAGAGAGGAAUCCACAGACUCUAUUUCUGUUGAAAAGAAUGGGGACAUGAAGACGGAGUUGGUUGAGAUAUUUGAGGAAGUAAAGAGAUUCUUCUCUGAUGAGAAGUAUAACUCGAAGAAGAUGUGUUCGAAGGCAACUUUGGGGUCUAUAUUUAGGGUUUUGUCGCAGGACGAAGUCCGAACUAAGUUGUUUUCUGAGAACUGUGGGAUAUACACAGUUAUUAGUGAGGCAGAUAACAUUCGUAGCAUUGUCAUUGAAAGCAGGCAGCAGGGCACCAGCACGUCUGUUCCGCAAGGAGGUAUGUGCUUAGACACUGCUACAGAGAUAGAAGAAGAUUUCAUCAUUCAUUCUUAUUUUGAGACGGACACGAUUAUUGACAUAAGGUUUGGAAAGGAGAAGGAGGUUGUGGUAUAUAAAGUAAUGGAUAUGGAGGAAAACACAUAUGGAUAUAAAUCAAAAGUGGUUCUUUACUACAGCAAGUCGAUGAAUCUUAGGUUUCCAAACUACUUUGUGGAGGCCUUUCAGCUAAGAAUAAGGCAGGACGAAUAUUUAAUGAUUGCAUCCAAGCAUCCAUAUUCUACAUCCCUAGUGAAAAAGGAGUUUAGAAAAGAGGUGGAGGCAAGAAGGGGUGCGAUAUACAUUGAGUUCUAUACCGAUAUUCCUGACGAUUAUUCGUUUACCGUGUACGGGCUUUCUGGAGAUCCUGUGUAUGAUGUAUACAAGAUAAUCACAUCGAGGAAGACAAGAAUAGUUUUUCCUGUUGCAAAGGAGAAGGAGACAUUUGCCAUUAUUCUCGUGCCAAAAUUCAAUAGAAACCGAAACAUCCAUUACAAAAUCCUUUCUCUUCCCGAGCAGUUUUCUAGCGAGGUCCUGGUUGACUGCAGCAUAGGGCUAUCAAGAAACAUGAAGUUCUAUUGCCCGGUGGUCGGAAAGACUGAUUCUGUGAUAUUCUGGGAGAAGGAAGAUGAUGAUGACAUUAAGGGAUACAUAGAGAAUAGCGACACAAAAAUAAUGAUAUCAAAGAACGGGACGAUGAGAACGGAGAACAGAGAGUACAACAUCUACUAUAAAAACAAGGGAGAGAAGAAGAGAGACAUAAAGGUGUUUCUUGGGAUAAGCCUGAGGAGAACAUAA